CUGAUCAGGGACACAUUGGAGUUGGGACAUUUCAGUGGCGGUCAUUUGGGAAGGCAUCAAAUUGUGACGAUUCUGUCCAAACGCCGUCUUUGAGCUUCUUUGCCUCCUCAUUUUUUCGAGCACCGCGUACCACUAGAGAUUAUGCUCAGUGGAAUGAACGACUUUGAAAACGAGCCUGUGUUUGACUACAGGACAAUCAAUGAACGAUUUCAACAGCGAUUACUGGAGGCACAGAAAACAGCCAACGAAAAAGAGAUAGAAGCCGAUCUGAAUCUUGCCGGAUCGCCCGAUCUACCUGAUGCUGUAGAUCCAUUGGAAACCGAACGCCAAAUACUCGAAGCCCAGGUAGCACGCGCGGAGAAAGAUGUAGAGGAAUUGAAAAAACAGGUGGCAGAUCGUAAAGCACGUCGACUUCGCGAAGCAGCGCUACUCAAGAUGACACCUGAAGAACGUGCUCGAGUCGUUGAAGAACAGGAAAAAGCGGCUGAGGAAGGUAUGCCGAUUGACGAUGAUGUUGACGAUAUGGAUGUGGUGUUCGAGUACCUGUUGCAUAUUGGCGAAACACCGUUACCGAGAAACGCAGCUAAUAUGUCGCGAACUGACUUGAUGUCGUCUCAUGCUGAAUUUCGUACAAGAGCCAUGCAAGACCCCGAGGUUGAAAAACAAGGUGAAUUUGCCCACCUUCGAUUUACCGAAGCCAAAAAUCGUCUAACCCCCAAUCCUAACGGACAAGGGGAGAUACGUUCGUGUGAACUUAUCGGGGAGACUUAUCAACAAUCUUUCAAGAUUUGUUUUGAUGUUUACGAGCCUAAUUUUGUGGUCGAUAACCUUGUGUUCGAUCUCAGCAUCGAGAUGCAACUGGAUUGCGGAUCAAUAUUGCAAGAGAUUGUGGACGAAAGUGAUUUGUUGGCAUUCUUCCGAUUAUUAGUGCACUAUGCUCGUUUGGAUGAUGAGCGCAAAAAGGUUUUCAAUCAGCUAAAAGAAAAGCUUGCCGACACACGGAUAACUCUGCUGCCAAUGGCAGAAGAUCGAUUAAAGUUUCAGAGCAAUCGAAAUGAUGAACCGGAAUUAUACCUCUUGUGGAAAACUAAAGUCAUUGAAUCUGAACAUGCUGAUUUGGACGCCAAUAUUUGCGAACGUGUACUACCUGAUAUACGGAUGGAAGCAGAUACCUCUGAGAAAUGGUCUUUGGUCGAUGAAAAAGGAGUCAUGGAUCAUCUUCCCACGCAUUUCACGCAAACCAUGAAGCUCAAGGGAGUGUUUUUAGCCACCCUUAUUAUGGUAGACGCUGUUUUUGACAUGGGUUUAGCCUAGAAUAUGACAUUGAAUCGAUUCAAACAUGUAAAUAACCUCUCACAGCAUCUUGUACUAAUCAAACUCAUCUUCAUUUUUAUUUGUCUUACACAUCGACCUUUCUGAGGACUUUGAAUUUUUUUUUUUUUCGAAGCUGACACGGCGAUGCCAAAGGCAGUAUAAACGAUUACGAAGAAAAAAAAAACUGACACGGCGACGCCAAAGACAGUAUAAUGGGUGAUUGAGAAGAAAAAAAAGCUGACACGGCGACACGUCGGAUGAUCCUGCAAUAAUGUAGUGCCCGACUCAUAAACAUAUGCUGGUAUAAAUAGGGCACUUC